AUGGUGCGGACGGGCGGUGAUGCCGCGGAUUUCGUCUACGGCCUGAGCCUUAGCUCCUUACAACCCCCCGAGCAAGCAGAAGAGGAUGAAGACACGCCACUGCGGUUUAUCAGCGUGCAGUUGCAUCUGCCUGAGCCUAGCAAGGGUUUUGAUAUUGACAUCCAUGCCUUCCUGUUCGAGGUGGACGGAACCUACGUCGACUGUGUGUUUUAUAAAAACCCGCAAUUGGCGGGCAAAAGCGUCAGAAUUCUUCAGCAGGAACAAGAGCUCCUUGUGGAUUUACGCUACGUCCCCAAAAGGUGCAGUUUUAUCGUCUGCACCCUGGCAAUAUACUCUGGUGGUACUGUUGCUCAACUAGGAGAAAGCACUGUGCAGCUCAGUGCCUUAGUUCCUCGUAUGGAUGUCGGCGAGGGCAUGGAGUCCCCACAUAUUCCCUGUGGGCAAAUUCCCCCAAGUUCCUCUGAUUUCUAUGAGUGGGUGUGCCUCGGAGUGCUCCCACUGAAAGCAAGGAACAUGCACGGAGAGGAGUGUAGUAUGAUGCUGUGCUUACUUUCCCAUCACGGCGGUUACUGGUACUUCAAGCCCGUGCUGAAGCCGGUCUCAGCCUUUACACCUCAGGGCCUCAUCGAGCCAGCACAGGAAUACGUCGUGAGGCACGCUGCGGGGUUGAAUGAGGGACGCUGCGGGAUGGAACUUGGAGCCUUGCUCAAUGCCGGCCGUCAAGGCGUACGUGUGGAGUUCGAAUUGACAGAUACGGAAGAAUCUGCAAUAGCGGAAGCUGCAGGGGCAAAAGAACUGCGGGCUUCUGAUGUUAAGAGCUGGGCAGGAGGUUCCGGUGUGCCUAGCGAAGCGGAAGGGGAAGGCCAACGCUGGCUGCCGCUCAAGGAGAGAGGAGAAGCAUUGGGUGCUAGAGCACAAAGAAUUGACGGCAGGAUUACCAAAGCAGAUGGAGAGCGGCGCAAGCUGUCAAUGGCUGUGGUAGGUAAAGAUGCCGCCUCAAGGAAAAUGCGCGCUAGAAGGAGAGCAUCAAGUGAAGACGGCUUCGCUGAUUUGGCAGGUGGUCUUGGUGACAAAGGAGACCGAAAGGGUGACUUGCCAAUGAAGUACGUAAACGUUGGCGAAGAACCUAUGGGGGAGGAUAGCUUUGGUAAGGGAAGCAGGGGCGAGGAAUCCACGUUAAAGCGCGGCGGUGUAAGAUAUCGGAAGUCUUCACAGGAUACACAACUGGACUUGACACGCAAGGUACCAUGCGAUGAACCAUCCGGGAGUCCCACAAGAGGCAGGAAUGGAGGACCACGGCAGGGUACCAGUACAGCUCCGGAGGGCGAGCAGGAGAGGGCACGUAAUCUACGCUGGAAGUCAAGAACUAAUUAUCAGUGGGCCCGUGAACGGGCAGAAAAUUUUUCUAAAGCUGCGAAACUGACGGGCCCCAAAUCCAACCUUGUCUUUUUGUGGCUUUGCACGUACAGAGGAGGUAUCAAGGCAGAAUCUUUGUUUGCGUCUUACCCUCCAGAAGGUGGGUACCAUGCAGGGGAGUUGCACAGGGUAAACGCAGACGGCGAGCAAGAACUGGAAAGUGCAGCUGCACACGGUUGUCCCUGCACGGGUGCAUGGAAGGAGAGUGUCGACAGGCGCCUUGAAUCACUAGAGCGCGCUGUAGAGAGCAUGAGCGCAGACAUCCACACUGUUGCAGCAGCCACGUCUGAAAUGCAGAAUAACAAUAAGCUUUAUAUCCAGGAGCUGCGUGAUAAAUUUAUUGAGUUAAAGAACGACGUUGCUACAGACAUUGAGUCCGCCGUGGCACGCCCUCUGAAAGGGGUACACUUGAGAUUAGAAAAGCUAGAGGCUAACGAAUCAGCCGACGCAAAGCAGCUUGCAGAACAGCAGAAGAAGUUAUGGGAAGUCGAUAGGAUGGUUACUCUUGCUGAAAGAAAUUGGCAUCUUGUAUCGCAGUCCCUCUCAGAACUUCGUAUCCAGUUGGCGGGCUUUGAACAACGGAUUGUACAAGGACCAUUUAGUCCAGGACCCACUGUGCCUGCAACUGAUCAGGAAAAGGGCCUCCCUGUAUCCCUGCAACCGACUACGUGCAUCAGCAAUCAGAAACUUCAUGAAGCCGGCUUUUUUGAAGUACUGGGUAAUACGUUGGCAGGCCAGGCCAGUGAUACGGAGGGCCAAGACUCCACGAAAGCGCAAGGGCAUAGUGAAUUCGCCUCGAAGGCGCUUGCCGAGCUUGGCCGCAUGCAGGAUCACGCUGCGGCGUUCGGAGCCUGCCUACGGCAACUUGCCAGUGGUACUGCUCCUGACGGAUUAAAGGGAUUGAAUCCGAUUGAACGCCGUGUACUGUCGUUCGCAGGAACUCCCAAAGUAUUUUCAGCAUUGCAUGAAUUGGAGAGAGCCAUAGAUGCCAUAAAUCUGCACGGCACUGGUGCUUCCGGCACUCGGCUCUACUAA